AUGGGCAGUGGAGCCAGCACUCAUUUGCCCGAGUUGCAGAAAGCCUCCGGGGAGGACCUCAAACAGCUCUAUACGGAGCUUUCGGAGGAGGCCAAGGCGAAUGUGAAGAAAGCGCUUGAGGCGACGUCUAAGAAGGCCAAAAUUUUGAUCGUGACCACCUCUGCCUCAAAAAUGGGCGACCACGAGACGGGUGCAUGGAGUGAAGAGAUCACCGGGCCAUACUACACCUUCGUCGACAAGGGCUUCGAGGUGACCGUGUGCUCGAUCGCCGGUGGCGACAUCCCCAUUGACGCCGGCUCCUUGAGUGACCAGUUCAAGACCGAGAACGAUAAGAGGAUGAUCGAGCAGGGCAGCACAGCACUCAAGGCCAUCGAAGAAGAUGUCCGACAUGGACCCGGGAGCUUUCGACGCGUGCUUCUUCGCUGGGGGCCAUGGCACCUGCGUGGACUUCCCAACAGACGAGGUGGGGGACUUCAUCACCAAGGCAGCCGCCGCCGGCAAAGUCGUCGCUGCAGUGUGCCACGGCCCCAUGUCCUUGGUGAAGGCCAAGGGUGCAGACGGAGAGCCUCUGGUGAAAGGCAAGAAGGUGUGCGCCUUUACGGAUGUUGA